AUGUCUCGCAGCGACACCUUGGGGUUGCCGAACAGGCAGACCUUGAGAAUUUCGUCGCUCGUAACGCGCAGCCGGUUGCAGGUGCCGCAGAAGUGGUGCGUUAUGCUCGUGAUGCACCCGACCCCGCCCCGGGACCCGGGCACCUGUGCCGCCGCCGUCUCCGUUGCCGACAUCGCGGUGCUCGCCGUUCCCUAUGCGGAGGAGGAAGGGCCAAUAGCGCUCAAAGUCGCCAACUGGCUUGGUAAUACUGCUAGAAAGCAGGUCCGAUGUCGUCGCCUGCUUCUUGGCGAUCGUGUGCGCAUCGUAAUCGUAUCAGCCUUCCAGAAUACCCCCACGCAUCGCCGGCGCAAUCUCCCGCAUAGGCUAAAUCGUAACGUGCUGGUCUACAGUGACGACGAUUCGGCGUGCGAGAUCGCGGGCGAGCUCGCCUCGCCUGGUGGCAUCAGGGCUGAGCAGGCUAGCCCUCUAGCCAAUUCCGUUGCCGCGGAGGCGCUUACCUUUGUGCUGAUCUUAAUCAACCGCCGCUACGGUAUCGCGAGAUCCGGCAUUUAG